CACUUUACGCGCAAUCAGUUGCAGACGCGCUCUUUGCCCCUCAAAAGUACCAAAAAAAGAUAAAAGCGCGUCGGCGCUGAUGCUUGGGGGUCUGUAGAUAGAGUUUUUCUUUGUAGAAGCAGGGGCUGGAAUGCGCACGGAUUUGUGCUUUUUGAGAGCGGAAAUGGACCGUGUGUGAAGUUCUAUUCGUCGCACUUUCGGAGUAGAGCUGUCAGUCACCCACCUGUUGCCAGGUGGUCUUAGUUUAACCCUCGGACGUUUACUAUGACAUUGGGUUUGGAAGACAUUGUCAUGGAGGAUAUUGUUAUUGACGUCGUGGGGGAAGGAGUCAAAGACAGCGGAGAGGAGCAGCUCUUACCUCCGGAUGGGUCUCGGAGCGAGCAGGAGCGCAGCGCCGAGAUUUCCAGCGGCCAGAAUAAAGAUCGGGACACCCUCAACCCUUCGCAGGAAUGUCAACCUCCUGCUAAAACCAAAAGCCCUGCGUCUGUAAAGCCUCCAUACUCGUACAUUGCUCUGAUAACGAUGGCCAUACUGCAGAGCCCCAAAAAACGCCUCACCCUCAGCGAGAUCUGUGACUUCAUCAGCCACCGCUUUGUAUAUUACCGGGAGAAAUUCCCGGCGUGGCAGAACUCUAUCAGACACAAUCUAUCGCUUAAUGACUGCUUUGUAAAGAUGCCACGAGAGCCCGGGAACCCGGGGAAGGGUAACUACUGGACGCUGGAUCCAAACUCCUCAGAUAUGUUUGAGAACGGGAGCUUCCUGCGGCGGAGGAAGCGCUUCAAGCGGCAGCAUUUUCGCUUCGAUCCGCUCAAGGAGCAACACCUGGAGCCCAGCGGGUUGCACGGCUUCGGGCACGGCCCCUAUGGACUCGGCACGGCGGCUCUGCAGCUGCCCGGUUUGGAGAUUUACCCCUACCUCCAUCCCCACGCGCAUUCGCUGUGCAGCCCCGCUGCCAUCCCACCUGUCAGCAGCAUCCUACCGGCUCUGUCCAGUUUCUUCUCCCGCAGCGCCCUCACAGCCAAGGCUUUCCUGCAGUCGCAGCCGGGCCUGGACGCCUUCACCCCGGCCCAGUGCAGCGGUUAUUCUCCUCCUCUGACCUCCAGCGCUGCCUACGUUUCCCCCGCGCUCUUCCACCCCGCGGCGUCUCCGCACUUUUUAACUUUACACCAGGAGUACCAGAAACUACAGACUCAGCUUGGUUCUGGAGAGCUUACCAAACAUAUUAACACUAAUAAUGAUUAAAAAAACAACACUCUAAACUUGUGUUUUCUCAGGUAAAAGACCUUUUAAGAAGCCUUACACAGUUUCUCCAGCAAAGGAAAAUUCAUGUUUUACAAUAACAUUGUAGAUAAGUUAGAAAGUCUCCAUCUUUCACACUUUUAUUGAAAAAAAAAACUUUUCACAGGGGCUUUUUAAAAAAUUGAUCCUGAAUUAUUAU